AUGCUCUUUGCACUCCUCUCCGUGGCUCUUAUUGCCAGCACCAUGGCAGUUCCUCUCCCGGAACCCGAAGAAGCCAGCACUCCCGUCAUGCUGGCAUACGACGCAAAAGAUGCCCCCGAGGGUGCCACCCCGGUUAUGCUGGCGUACGAUACCGGCUCAGAAAAGCGUUCGACUCCGGUGAUGCUCGCCUACGAUGCGAAGGAUGCCCCCGAAGGUGCAACACCGGUCAUGUUGGCCUACGACGCCAAGAGCAAAAAGCGUUCGACGCCUGUAAUGCUCGCCUACGAUCCCAAGAAUGUCCCAGAGAACGCCAUCCCAGCUAUGUUGGCGUACGAUGCCUGA